CCAUGAAUUUCAGAGACAAAAACUCAUCUUAGAGAGAGAUAAGAGAGACUCUCAAUCUCAAUUCUCAAACACACCUCAAAAUGUCCGACGAAGAAUCCACAUCCGCCGCCGCGCCGGCCACCACAUCCGCCGCCGCAGACUCUCCACAAAAAAUCCAAACUGCAAUCGAAGCUCUCUCCGCCAUCGUCCCCUCUCUCUCCUCCGCCGCCGCCAGCAACCCUCUCUCUGUCCUCAACCACCCCGACACCUACUCCCAAAUCUCCACCCUCCUCCGGCACCCUAACUCCGGCGCCGGCGACAACAACCUCUGCCGCUGGCUCUACGACACCUUCCAAACGGGCAUCCCGCAGCUCCAGCUCGUCGUGCUCCGCUUCCUCCCGGUUAUCGCCGGCGUGUACCUCUCACGUGUCGGCGACCGGAAACCCCAAGCGGGGUUCGAAGCGGUGCUCUUAGCCCUCUACUCGCACGAAACAACCUCACGUGCGGGACAAGCGGUGUCGGUGACGAUCCCAGACCUGACACACCCAAGCGUAUACCACGAAUCAAAAGCACCGAUUAAAAACAGCGCGACGGAGCUGAACAUGGCGGUGGUGUCUCCGGCGUUAGAACCCCACGGCACGGUUCGUUCCACCCGAAGAGGACGCAUCGUGGGUGUGGCAUUAGAACUUUUCUACAGCAAGAUUUCCCACAUGCCCAUUUCCUCAAAGAUCGAUUUUUGCGAGUUUUGCAAGAUGUGGGCUGGUCAAGAUGGUGACAUGUACAUGCACUUCGAAGAAGAAGAAGAAGAAGAAAAAGAAAGGGUGGUUGAAGAGCAAAACAGCGAGGUGAAGAGAGAAGGGAGGGUUCCUUUGGGUUGGGAAUUGUUGCAGCCAGUGAUGAUGAUUUUAGGACACUGUUUGUUGGGUCCGAAUAAGAAAGAAGAGGGUGUGUUUGAUGUUGCGAGCGAUGCAUGUAGGUGUUUGUUUGCGCGGGUAAUGCAUGAUGUUGAUCCUAAAGCCAUUUUGCCAAUGAGGAGUUUAUUAAGGCUUUCCAAACGUGCCUUAACAAAUGACGAUGAUGAUCCCACUGAGCUACCCUUUUCUGAUGUUAUUUCUAUUUAGCCUACAUUUCUCAAUUUUUCUUUUUCAUUCUUUAUUUUCGUUUCCUUUUUGUUUUAAAUUACAAUGUGAGGAAUUCAUAUCCUCGUUCGUUGCAUCUUUUGACUUUCCUUGGAGAUGUCUUCAAACUUUAUCAGAUACCAUGUAAUAGGAU